AGCAGAGAAGAAGAACAGACAAAUUCCAUGAAUGCCCCUGAUCGUUACGAGCGUUUCGUUGUUCCUCAAGGAACAAAAAAGGUAUCUUAUGAGAGGGAUACAAAGAUCAUAAAUGCAGCAUCUUUCACCAUUGAAAGAGAGGAUCACACUAUCGGUAACAUUCUCAGAAUGCAGCUACACAAAGACCCUAAUGUGUUAUUUGCUGGCUACAAGCUUCCUCAUCCUCUUCAGUACAUACACACUACUAGUCAAUCUUCACCAAUGCAAGCAUAUAACCAGUCUAUCAAUGAUCUAGACAAGGAACUUGAUCAUUUGAAGAGUGGCUUCGAGGCGGAGUUGUUGAAAUUUUCGAAGGACUAUUGAUUUACAGCCAAGAUAGAAAAUAUGUGCAGUGCAAGAAAUCUUUGCAGAUAUUGUGACAGAUGAUCACACCUGCUAAAUGGAAUUUAAGUAGGAUAUUUUAUGUUUUAUGAGACUUGUUAAAAGAUGACUAGCAAUUUUUACAAUUAUGAACAAUUUCAAAGUUAUUAUAUUAACAAAUUCUGUAAUAGGAACAGCUAGUAAAUUUUGUGACAUGGAUCUUGUGAAUCAUGGACAUCA